AAGCUCACUGAACAACGUUUCAUGCCCGUCUGGAGUUUCUGUAACUUCUUUAUUUUAAAGGAAAGCCUAGCCUUCAUGUUUGAGAUGGCCCACCUUCUUGAGGAUGCCUUGUGUGAAUAUGAUGAACUAGAACUUUGCUAUUUAGAAACAGUACAUACUUCCAAACAGAGAGAUUUUGGAGGUUUAGAGCGCGGAGAUGAUCAGGCUGCUCUGUUGAUUCCUGGAUUUAAACCCUUAACUCAAGUUGUCCAGGAUGACUCAUUUAGAGAAUUUGAAUUUAGACAAUAUCUGUUCGCGUGCCAAUCAAAG